AUGUCGACACAGAACAAGUAUUUAAAGCAGCAGAGUCCCCUUAACAUGUCCGUCUUCUUCUCCCCCUUUCAUCUCACUCCCAAUCCACCAAGUCCACCAAGUCCCAACAUGAGCUCGGCAAACCCUUCAUCCCACGAGUCUAUCUCAUAUGGGAGCGAUGCCAUAGGAGCCCUUAUUCCUGAGCUGAAGCGUUUUCACGUCACCAUCGAACAUGCCGACCAGGGCACCGGAGAGGCGGUGGUUCGAAGGCAUUACCGUGGCUAUAGAUGUUUGCCUGAUGGUCAGCGGAACCCGAAGGCCAGAGCGCCUGGUGCUAUCGUGAAGACACUCCACCACGACCGAUCUGUUCGACGUCCCCCAAAGCCUGCCGCCCGGUCAUCGCAAAUCAGAUAUAUUGAUCUGACUGAGGUUGUCGACACGAAAGUGAAGCUCGAUGCAACGAUGCAAGAUAUGUUCCAUCACGAUCGGUCUGUUAAGCUAUAUUCGGAGGCUAUGGAAGUAGAAGAGGCACGAGUCGACUUUGUUGACCUCACCGAGUUUAAGGACGGCGAUGACAUGAAAGCAUUUCUUGAUGCUAAUCUAAUUCGUUGGACUAACCGGACGGAGAUUAUUGAAGACUGA